AUGCUUCCAGGAGGACGGGCCCAGUGGUAUAAGGAUGCUUCCAGGAGGGCGGGCCAGUGGUAUAAGGAUGCUUCCAGGAGGGCGGGCCAGUGGUAUAAGGAUGCUUCCAGGAGGGCGGGCCAGUGGUAUAAGGAUGCUUCCAGGAGGGCGGGCCAGUGGUAUAAGGAUGCUUCCAGGAGGGCGGGCCAGUGGUAUAAGGAUGCUUCCAGGAGGGCGGGCCAGUGGUAUAAGAAUGCUUCCAGGAGGGCGGGCCAGUGGUAUAAGGAAUGUUCCAGGAGGGCGGGCCAGUGGUAUAAGGAUGCUUCCAGGAGGGCGGGCCAGUGGUAUAAGGAUGCUUCCAGGAGGGCGGGCCAGUGGUAUAAGGAUGCUUCCAGGAGGGCGGGCCAGUGGUAUAAGGAUGCUUCCAGGAGGGCGGGCCAGUGGUAUAAGGAUGCUUCCAGGAGGGCGGGCCAGUGGUAUAAGGAUGCUUCCAGGAGGGCGGGCCAGUGGUAUAAGAAUGCUUCCAGGAGGGCGGGCCAGUGGUAUAAGAAUGCUUCCAGGAGGGCGGGCCAGUGGUAUAAGAAUGCUUCCAGGAGGGCGGGCCAGUGGUAUAAGGAAUGUUCCAGGAGGGCGGGCCAGUGGUAUAAGGAUGCUUCCAGGAGGGCGGGGCAGUGGUAUAAGGAUGCUUUCGGUUGCUUAGUUGUUUGUUUGUUUGUAUUUGUUGUUUAA